CUCCCGACUGACGCCAAAGGGAACAAACGAAAACACACUUCAGUUUGGAUGGAGAUGGACUUGAGAUGGGGAUUACCGGGGACAUUAUUACGUAGCACUUUUCUUUGACCAGGUCACAACAUUCAACUCAGAAGUGGUGAAAAGUCAAGAAGUAGGCAGAAAAGUCCACUUGAGAGUUCAAACGGUGGAAACUGUUUCAAGUGAAAAUACAGAGACAGAAGUUACUUGGGAAAGUAUAUUCUUGGUCUUCUUGCAAGUGACAGAAGUUGGAACAUUUCAAGUUUUGAACAAAAAAGCAGGUGCACCGUUCGUAGCGAAGCCAGUUAGUGAAAGCAUCGUUAACUCGUCGAAACGACACCCGCGAUAGGGUCCCGGCGCUCUCGCCACACUUGUGAGGAUAAUCGCCUCAGAUCAUCACGGAUGGACGGAGGUUGUGGGCACCCAACUGCCACAAGAUGGCGCCAGAUUGGUGGCGCCAGCAACUGGACACGAGGCAGGACGUUCCGGUCCUCUCCACUCACCAAACUGCAGAAUUGAUGGUCAACCCAGGAACGCAACAAACAACAUCCGCGACGUUUCUUUCGUCUUCGGUCGCCGGCAGCAAGACUCCAAAUCCCAGAGUGCCCCUGGCGCCGCGCACGCGCACGCGCACGGGAGCGCCCGGCCACCCUCAUGCGGAUGCGUCGCUGCUACGUGAAAUGGCGGCUUCGGAUCGACUCGUUUAAGUCACCCGAGUCCUCCUCGCGCCGAACCUCACGCGGACCUCUUCGUCCUUCUCGGGCACACUUUGGACUUCUGGCGACACGCAAGGUGCGAUGGCGAAGCGGAACGCGGACAAAGAGCUGACGGACCGCAACUGGGACCAGGAGGAGGAGGGAGAAGAGGCCGGAACCUUCUCGGUGGCCACGGAAGACGUGAUGAAAAAACGCGCCAUCAAGAAGGCCAAGCGGCGGAACGUCGGCCCGGAGGGGGAGCCCGGCGGGGCCUUCAGAGGGUUCAAGGGCUUCUCGGCGAGCGCCCCCUCCGCGCCGACGCCCUUCUCCGCCUUCGGCAACGGCGCCGGGUUCAAGGGCUUGAGCUCUCUGACCAACGGGAGCGGCGGCGCCUUCCUCGCGCUCUCCUUCGCCGACGCGUCGUCCUCGGCGUCUCCGGCCGCGAGCGCGGCGGGGGCGGCGUUCAACGGCUCGGCCGGCAAGGAGUACGGACGGCAGCUGACGGCGCUCAACUGCUCCGUCCGCGACUGGAUCAGCAAACACGUGGACGACAACCCGCUGUGCGACCUGCAACCCAUCUUCCGCGACUACGAGCGCCACCUGGCUAGCAUCGAGCGGCAGUACGGCGCGGCGGCAUCGGGCGCGCAGGACCGCAAAGCCCGCCCCUCGCUUCCUGCCUCUCCGUCCUCGUUUUCUUUCAAGGGCGAGAACGAGGAGUCGCCCGCUGCCACGUUCGACCCGGGUCAGAAGACGGCCACGCCCGCCUUUUCCUUGUUUGGAGGCGCCUCGCGGCCCCCCGCCGAGACGGACCGCGCCGGGCCUUCAGAGGCGAACGAGGACGACGCGUACGAGCCGCCCGAACCCGACGUGAAGGAGGUCAAAGAAGACGACGCCUUCUACUCCAAGAGGUGCAAACUUUUCUACAAGAAGGACGGCGAGUUCAAGGAGAAAGGCGUGGGCACGCUGCACCUCAAAGAGACGGCCGGCGGCAAAACGCAGAUGAUCGUCAGGGCGGACACCAACCUGGGAAACAUCCUCCUCAACGUGCUGCUGCCCGCCGGCGUGCCGUGCUCGCGGGUGGGCAAGAACAACGUGAUGGUGGUGUGCGUGCCCAACCCGCCCGUGGACGACAAGAACCCGGGCACCCCCGUGCCCCUCCUCAUCCGCGUCAAGACCGCCGACGACGCCGACCAGCUGCACCGGACUCUGGAGGAGAAGCGAGGCUGAACGCCGGCCCGUCUUGAGCUGCGACAUUCCCUCCGACUUUUCUUUUGCUUUCACUCUUAUUUUGGCGGGGCGCGUGUGCCGGGUUGGGGUUUCCUGCUGAGCUGAACCACAAGGAGGGACUUUGGGGUUCUCCUUUCCUCCGUCACGGACUCUGAAAGACAGACUUUUUUUUUUUUUUUUUUUUUUUGUCGUCGUUGUUGUUGUAGUCCCCCCCCCCCCCCCCGGUGCCCUUGGCACCGCGCCCCAGACGCCUGUCGGGAAGAACGCAAACAAGAACUUUGUCAAUCUCGUUUAUUCUGUCGCGAGCGCCGAACGGACGACGUGAAGUGUAUCAAAAUCGAGCCGAGCCGUGUCACGUUUGUUCCCGCUUCAAGAAAAACUAUUAAAAAAGUCCAAAUGUCA